GAUAUUCGUGCAAUGCCAAAAAUUACUGAUAUGUCAGAUGAAGAAAAGAGAAUUGCUGAUACUGCACUCUUCAUGAAAGAUGGUCUUGAAAUUCUAACCAAUGAAAUUCUGUUUAAGAGUCGAAUUAUUAAGACAAAUAUUCUUGUUGAUACUGGGACGAAAGAUGGUCAUUCAACUAUUAACUUCCCAGCACCAUUGCUUCGAGCAAAAUAUCUUCAAAAUCGGUUUGGUUCAGUGACACGGUCUAAAUCACCACCUAAUUCAUUUAAAGAUUUCAUCAUUUCGGUGUUCACAAAAAUGAACUCUAAGGUGUUACAAAAAAGCUUGAGUGUAGGUAAUGAUUGUCGUCUUCUUGAACGCGUGUGGCAAAUGGAGUUCUACCAUGCAUCAAUGCAAGUUCUUCCUGUGAACAUUUAUGCUUCUGUAGAUGUUGGAGCAGUAUUUGGAUCAGAGGGCUACUUAGAUUUUUACUUAAAUGAUCAGCGUAACUGGGCCAUUGAACUAUUGCGAGAUGGUGACAAAUUGCAAGAACAUCAACAAAGAUUUCAAAAAGAUAGUCAAUACACCUCUAUUCUUAAAUAUGCAAAGGAAUGGGCAAUUAUUGAUAUUCGAAAUAGUAAGAAGAUACCUCCAGAACAAAAGGGAAAAGACGUUAUUUAUGUUCUUUGUGCUGAAAACUUUGAAUCUGUUCAGUUGAUGUAUCCUGAUGGAAGUAACGAUCGUGUUCAAUUGCUAGGUGAAGAAGAAAAUUUGCUUGGGGACGUGGAAAUGAGCAGUAAUAACGAUAGCACCACCCCCCGGAGCAACGAUAAUAACACCUCUCAAACUAGUGAUAUUUCCUUCAAUGCCUCCAGAACCGUCGUCCAUACGCCAUCUAAUUCAAGAUCUAGUCAAGGACACCUAAUCUCAAUCGUCAACGGAAUACUAGAAACAGACGUGGCAAAUAAUCCGACCUAUAACACCUUACGAGAUGAUGAAUAUUAUACUGACAGAGAUGAUUUCUGGACACCAUUCUCGAAAGAAUCUAUAGAAAGACGUAUAGAAAAUGAUGAACACCCUGAUAUGAAUCCCGGUCAGGCUUAA